AUGCGUGUUUCGAUUAUCUUUUCCUCCUGCGUGUCGUUUCUCUGGAUCGUUAAGGUUGGCGCUCUAAUAAAGAGACAAGAGGUCGUCCAAACCUACAAUGUGUACCGUAAUGCUAGUUCCGCGACUACACCUCUGCAGGUUGGCAAUGGUAAUUUUGCAUUUGGUGUCGAUGUGACGGGGCUCCAGACCUUCUAUCCUUUUGCAACCAUGUCAUCAUGGGGUUGGCAUAACUCCAGUUUGCCAACAACUCCAAAUCAAACAUCUGUGGAAGCUGAGGCGGAUAUAUCAAACUGGCUAAUUCAAAAUCCUCAACGGUUGAAUCUGGGUAAUAUUGGUUUUUGGUUCGCGAAUGCGAAUGUUACGGAAGGUGACUUGGAGAAGAAAAGUCAGGUUCUUGAUUUAUGGAACGGCUUAAUCACUUCAACGUUUCUGUACAAUGGCAGCCAAGUCCGUGUUGAGGUAUCAGCUGCGUCAGACGCUGAUAUUGUCAUCAUCAAUGUGGAAUCUGAACUGCUUAGUAUUGGCUCCUUAGGUUUGUUUUUCGACUUUCCAUAUUCAGAUGUGAACAAAUUCGAUGCGCCAUUCGUCGGCGUGUGGAAUGCAAGCAGUAAACACUCUACAUUUCUUGAUGCUGCGGACAACGAGGCCGUUAUACAGCAUACUCUAGACGAUACCAGGUACUGUUUUACCGCAAGAUGGGAAGGUAAGGGUCAGGUGUCGGGUCCUAAGGAGGGCACGCAUAGAUACUUUCUCACAACUCCGGGCUCCAGCAGUUUGAAGAUGACAGGGUCGUUCUCGGAUGAUACAAGCUGUGGUAAAGCUGGAAACAUGAGGGCGCCAUCUGUGGCUGAUCUUACUGAUAGCUCUAAGACGUGGUGGCAGACUUAUUGGGAAUCGGGCGCAUUCAUCGACUUGAGUUCUGUUGACUCUACAAAUGCAACUGAGCUCCAGCGACGAACUAUUCUAUCUCAAUACCUGCUAGCAGUCAAUUCAGCUUCAGACUUUCCACCUCAAGGUAUGUCAUUUAGGGCUAGUUUGGAUGUACAAAUCCGCGCUGGAUCCGCUGAAUAUUCCGCUCUUUUUGAAAGCGGAUUUUGA